AUGAAGAUCUGUACUCACAACGCACGUACGCUUGCAUCGGAAGCGGCAAUCGAAGAUCUGAUGAUGCAAGCCAAGAAGAUCAAGUACGACGAACACGCGACAGUAGAGGUGUUGGUGGAGUUGGCGUCCUGGUACACGAGUAUGGCAAAGAACAUCGACUCUUUCGAACAACUUACGACCCGAAUCGGACGUCUGCGGAUGAGAAGAUGUGGUCCAACACCAGCUUUGACUAUCUUCGUCGCUUACGCUCCAACAUCAAGUUACGAUCAAGAAGUCGAAGCUUUCUAUAUGGAUCUGGAGAAGUUCUACCGAGAAGAUCAUGCCUUCUACAAGGACAUAAUUGGCGAUUUCAACGCCAAAGUUGGCCCACGAAGAACGCCGGAGGAACUUCACAUCGGGAACCACGGCCUACAAUGGAACGACCAGGGGGAGAGGCUCUCUGAGUUCAUCAUGACGACUAAGACCAUCCAUGGGAACUCGCAAUUCCAGGAGCCCUCUUCUCUACGCAGGACGUGGGAGUCACCCGGUGGAGGGUACCGUAAUGAAAUAGGCCACAUCAUCGUCAAUAAAAGAGAGAGAAACCCCAGGACUACCAUCAACUGGGAUCUCUUCGCUACGCUAGCCGGCUUUUGGGAAGAUUCCGCAAUGGACAACAUCAACGAGGAAUAUGACCGGCUUGUUGAACACGUUCACGACUGCGCGAAGAAGGCUGAGAGUUUUAAAACCACCAAGAGGCGCCUGGCUCUUGAAACUCUUGAGCUGAUACGCCAGCGUGGAGCAGCACGAGCUGCAGGGAACCAAGAACUCACGUCCGAGCUCGCAAGGCUUUGCAGAUAA